AUGUGCAAAAGCAAGGCUGAAGACAAUGCUGUCAAAGUGGAGGGAUAUAACAGUGCAGAGUACAGCACCAGCGGUCUCAGCAGGAGUGUCACAGUGAGCACCGUGGUGGAUCUGCAGAAGAGAAUUAUUGGAGGUCAAGACUGUGGACAAAAAGAGCGUCCUUACCAUGUGAAGUUGAGGAUAACUGAUGGUGCCCAUGAGAUGUUUUGUGGUGGCUCUCUGAUCAGUGACCAGUGGAUUCUGACUGCAGCACACUGCCAGGAGCCAGGAUGGAAAAUAUAUGCAACUUUAGGUGUGCAUCCGGGGCCAGGAACACCAGUGGAAAUCAAAUCAGCACCUGACGUCUUUAAGCGCAAAGAUGUCUUGAAGAUAGACAGGAUUCAUGACAUCAUGCUGCUGAAGCUACCUGAACGUACUAAGAUUAAACCUGUGGAACUUCCUGACUGUAACAGUUGUCCCAAAAUAGAUGAUACAGUUCAGAUUGCAGGUCAUGGAGCCACAACUAAAGGCCCAAAUAAUGAAAGACUGGAUGAUGUAUCUGCUACUCUCCAGUGUGCAAACACCAAGGUUGUUGACUGUCGGGGGCUCAGAGCCUGUGUGGAGAAGCGUGGCCCACAGUUUUAUGCAUCUAAACGUGAUCAACACUUGUUCUGUUGCCAAGAAGAAAACGUGGAUAUCAGUCCUGGUGACUCUGGUGGAGGAGUGGUGUACAAUGACAUGAUUUACGGCGUCAUUUCUUUCCAUGGCAAUGACUGUGUUGAAGCAGCUGCAGUGAUGGACGGCUGUGGAUACAAAGAGUGGAUCAUACGCAAAACUGGCAGUAUCUUCACUAAAAAGGUCAAAACGUUGCCAUGUUUUGGCCGUUUUUAACUGUAAAAUGUCCUGCCAUUUAACAGACAUUUCCAUCGAUUGGUUCACAUUAAAUGUUCAGCUGUUACUUGUAAAACCCUUUAAGACAAAAAAUGUCAUGAUUCUGCAACAUAGCUUCACAAGGUAGUGUCUAAGUUUCUAAUUCAACAGAUUUUCUAUGUUACCAUACAUUGUGUAGAAAAUCUUCAAAGGGACAAACACUACAGUCUGCUGCUUUUUAAACAAUGCUGAUAAAAAUGAUAAAUGACUUUUCUCUCACAAGAUUGUGUCUGUUAAAAUAAAAUUACAAUGCAUCACAAUCAUUGUUUAA